AUACUACAAUAAACAUUACUCACGCCAGAGGGCUGUGACUAUCCAAAAGGGCGUGAUGGCUGCACCAAAACCCGUUCAACUUUCUUCUGAGGAUAUUCAGAAACUAAAACAGGCUUUCAUGUUACACGAUUACAACAAAUCUAGUAGCAUUUCUAGCAGGGAUAUUGGUUCCGUAAUCCGAUCGGUUGGACUAAAACCAGCUGAAGGGGAAGUGGAUGAAAUACGAGCAGAAGUAGACGCUGCAGGUGGAAAAUGUGAUUUACAGAUGCUCGUAAAACUUAUCAGUAGAAUCGUGACGCAACCAGAUAACUACAGUGGAAGGGAUUUAAGUCUCGUCUUCGGUCAAUUUGAUACUUCUAAGAGUAAUCUCAUUCCUUUGGAUCAAUUUCGUCAUUUAAUGACAUCAGUAGGUGAAAAAUUUUUAGACGAAGAAGUUGAUGAGCUUUUAAAAUGUACUGGCUGUCUUCAAAACGGAAUGGUGAACUAUGACAAAUUUAUCAAAGUAGUUAUGGGAAAAGCCUGA